AUGGAGAAGAACGAGGACUACGCGAAGCUCGAGUACUGGGAUCGGCGAUUCGAGCAGGAGAAGUGCUACGAGUGGCUCUGCGACUUUGACGCCUUCUCCCAGCUCGUCCUGAAGCGCCUAAAGCAGCUGAAGCCCAACCCCCGCAUUCUGCACGUUGGCUGCGGCAGCUCGCAGCUCUCGAUGCGGCUCUACGACGCCGGAUUUCACGAUAUAACGAAUGUCGACUUUUCUGAGGUGCUCAUCUCUUCAUCGAAAGCUCGAUACGGCGAGGGCUACCCGGAAAUGAGAUGGAUUUGCGAUGAUAUGACGAGCCUCUGCCGACUGCCCUCCAAAAGCUACGAUGUUGUGCUGGAAAAGGCGACAAUCGAGGCGCUACUCGUCGGGGAGAAGAGCCCCUGGUCACCCUCGGAUUCGGCUCUGAAAAUGGUUGAUGACGUGUUCUCGUCGAUCAAUCGUGUCCUGACGUCUUCCGGUCUCUUCCUCUCCAUCUCAUUCACACAACCCCAUUUCCGGGUGCCGGCCCUGUUGCGAAGGUCGGAUUGGGGCGUCGAGGUGGAGGAGUUCGGCGAUCAAUUCCAUUUCUACUGCUACGUCGUCAGGAUGGAUCGCGACACGGAUGCGGCUGUACGCGAGAAAUAUGGACGAUUGGCGGUGGAUUGGCUGCGCGAGAUUGGAAACGAA